AUGUCAGCAAACUCAUCACUACCGCCAAAACCACCCCAUGUUGCCAAAGAGCAAGAGAUGAAAAGACGUCGGGUGGAUAAUGGGGCCAAUCUUGAGGGAUUUUCCCGAAGAGAGUAUACUCCUGCAGCCAAACCAGCAUCAGCAUACGGGGAUAUCAAACAAAAACCAGCAUGGCUCAAAAAUGAUGAGAAAAAGAACUUAAAGUAUGAAAUGUAUGGACAAAGGUCAGAUGUAGUAUCUACGUCAUACGUCAGGAGACUGACUGAGUCAUCAAAUUCUGUUACAACAUACAAACAAAAACAUGAAGAGCAAGACUCACGAUUAAACCGGUUGAAACGAGCAAGAGAAACUGUUGAGAGACAGGUCCCUCCACGACGAGAUGAGACGCCAGAUGAUGAAGAGAAAGAAGAAGAACAAGAAGAUGACGAUGAGUCUGUUCAACCAUAUUUACAUCUAGACGUGGCGAAUCCAUCAUCGACUCGUGCACGAAGCAAUGACAGUUAUCAUACAUUUCACAGUCGAAUCAAGGACAAGGAGAAUCGUGAUAUCAACAGUAUUGUCAGACAACAUUACAAUCAAAGAACUCAGCAGUCUAAACGUCAAGGUCCAAGGACCAGCUCUCCAAUUUACAAAUUGAGGAAUUUCAACAAUACAAUCAAGUACAUUUUGAUCGGCAAUUGGGCCAAACAUGACACUGGCUCAUCACCAUUGUUUUCAGUAUUAGAUUUGUGUUGUGGAAAGGGUGGGGAUUUGAACAAAUGCGAGUUUAUCAAAAUUGACCAAUAUAUCGGCAUCGACAUCUCCGAUUUAUCAGUACGUGAAGCUUUUGAUAGAUACUCAAAGCAAAAAGCAAGAUUCAGGCCACGUAAUGGGACUCGAGUUGAGAAUAGGUACAAUUUUCAAGCAUGUUUUGCCACUGGUGAUUGUUUUACUCAAUAUGUUCCUGAUAUUUUAGAGCCCAACUUUCCAGGGAUUAUUGAGAAAACAUUUCCUGUUGAUACUGUAUCUACUCAAUUUGCAUUACACUAUGCAUUCGAAUCAGAAGAUAAAGUUAACACCUUGUUAACCAAUGUCUCCAAGUCAUUGAGAGUAGGCGGUCGUUUCAUAGGUACUAUUCCCUCAUCCGAUUUUAUCAAGUCCAAAAUUGUUGACAAGCAAUACUUUAAAGAUGCCAAAACAGGCAAAGUCAAGUUUGGAAAUGGGUUAUACUCCGUUACUUUUGAUAAAGAACCACCGGAAGAUGGUGUGUUUAGACCCCCUUUUGGAAAUAGAUAUAGUUAUUGGUUGAAAGAUGCAGUGGAUGACGUACCAGAAUAUGUUGUUCCAUUUGAAAUUCUUCGAGCAAUGUGUGAAGAACAUAAUCUAAUGUUAAAGUAUAAAAAGAAUUUUAUUGACAUCUUCAACCAGGAAAUACCCAACUAUUUUGCGAAAUUGAAUAAGAACUUGAUUGAUGGGUUGAAACGUAAUGACGGAAAGUAUGGAGCAGAAGGUGAAGAAAAAGAAGCAGUUGGGUUUUAUAUUGGCUUUGUUUUUGAAAAGGUUGGAUAA